UAUUUGGAUGUUGUAGUUUGGGAAGAGUGUGGCUAUACAGGUGGUAAAACCUGCACAAGGUCAGUGUUUGUGGAGGUGGCUUCAGCUACCCAAGCAUGUGGACCUCAGCCUCCUUCCCCUCUCUCCCUGGACGGCAUGUACCUGGAGAGCAGAAGCAGAGCUGCUACUGCUGCAGAUCCUGUUCCCAGGCCUUGGAGAGCUUCUGCUCUGCUCCAUUGUGCAUCUCCUGUUCACAUGGACCCCCAAACACCAACAAGUUCCUGCUGGUACAGCUACCUCUUCCCAGCUCUGGUUCCCAGUGACUUUUUCUGAGGUUCUUUCUUCCAGGAAAUUGGAGCCUUCAGCAAACAGCUGAGAUUGGGCUGAAGUGCCCCCCUGCUGUCUGUGCUCAGGCCUGUUACCACUUACCCCAGAACAUUCCCCCAGCCUGAAGGGUUCUGGGGUCUGGUUUAAGCUGGGCUGAGUGCCCACUGUGGGCACCACUGGGGAGGUGCCCACGGUGGGGAUACAGUUUCCAGGCAGACACACAGAUCACGUUAUGCCCCUCUGGGCUUUAAAUAUUUGGUUAGAAUUGACAGCUGCAGCUCAAAGGAAUGUUUUGGAGCUGAAGCUUGCUGGGACAUGCAGGGAGUUGCGACAUAUCCCAAGUCCUCUCCUGUGCUCAGUGCUCAGCACUGAGCCUGCCUGUGCUGUGGAAGCUGGUCUGGAUGAUCCACCAGAGACCUGCUCCCUGCUUGCCCUCACCUGUGCAGGUGAAGGGGAAGCUGCUCAUGAGGGGAGGCUGGAAAAACAAGGCUGGAAACGUGAGCAAGAUAGCACAUGGGCCUGGCACAGAGAUAAGGCCUGGGCUGGGAAAACUGAAACUGAACUGUGACAACGAGGAGAAGGUUUGCAGUACACAAGCACCACACUGGCCUCUGGGCAGGAGACUCCACCUGAGCAGGGACAGGUGGCAUCUUUAUUCUGUUUCAGGGUGCUGAUGUGCACAGGUGUUGCAAGGAAGUUCAUAGGAAAAGUUGUGGUGGGUGUGCAUGGAGACGUGGCAAACAGCAGGAGCUAUGGUUUAGAAGAUUCAAGGGAAGAGCAUGGUGCUGGCAUGUGUCACAGCCUUGCCAGGGCACAGGGAGGUGACACGUGGCCUCAGCAGCAGUGGGUGCCUCUCUGCUGGUUCCCAGACAGGAGCUCUGCACAGAGGUCUGUGCCAGGGGGACUGCCAUGCUCAGCUAAGGGACCCAGCCCUGGCAGAGCUGAGGAUGCCUGGAAGUUCCCUCAAAAGGCAAUACAGGAGUGAAAAUCCAAUUGCAUAUGGAUGUGUGCCCGGCAAACGUGUUCAUGGAAAUACACAUUGCUCUGAUCCCUGUCAGUCUCCUGCGCGUCUCCCUGUGCUCUCACUGCAGCAUUCCACCCUCCCAUCGUGCUUCACAGUCCUCCCUCUGCACGGGGAACAGCUCCCGCCCUCGCUCCGCAGCAUGUGGCACCGCCAGUGUGACCAGGGGGCGGCCACCGGGCGUCACUUCCGGAGUGUGGCCGGGAGCCCUGCCCCGCCUCUGGGCACAGCGUCACCUCGUCCUCCUCCUCCUCUGCGCUCACGAGUUCCUGUUUCCCGGCUUCUCGCCCCGAUCUCCGGCGCCGGCAGGAUGGCAUCGCCCAUGUCGCAGAAGCUGGAGGAGAAGCUGGUGUGCUCCAUCUGCCUGGAGCUGUUCAGGGUGCCCGUGACCUUGCCCUGCGGCCACAACUUCUGCAGGCGCUGCAUCAGCGACCACUGGGACAAGCAAAGGCAGGCGCCCGCCGGGACCGAGGCGAGCUACACCUGCCCCGAGUGCCGCAGGGGCUUCGAGCGGUGCCCGGAGCUGGAGAAGAACGUCACCCUGCACAGCGUGGUGGAGCUGGCACGGGACAGCGAGGAGCGGGGCUCUGCCGCGGGCCGGUGCGAGGCGGCCCCGGCCGAGCUGUGCUGGCGGCACGGGCGGCCCCUGGAGCUGUACUGCGAGGACGAGCGGCGCUGCAUCUGCUGCAUCUGCACCGUGCGCGACUGCCGCCGGCACCGGCGGGUGCUCUUCGAGGAGGGGCGAGCCAAAAAGCAGACCCUUUUGACAGAAUCCCUGGAAAAAGCCCAGGAGGAAUCGGAGAGGAUUGAGCAGACAAUGAAGGAGCUGGAGUUGCAGACAGAGAGCAUCAAGGACUGCUCUGAGCUCAAAGAUGGGAUCCAGAGCAAAUUCACCCACCUGAAGAAAGCUCUGGAGGAUUUCCAGUGUCAGACAGUGGCCAGGAUCGAGCAAGAGCAGAGGGCAGCACUGGAGCAUAUGGACAAGAACUGGAACCUGUGUAGGGACCGCCUGGAUGUCCUUGGCCAGCACAAGGAGAGGGCUCAGAGCCUGAUGGCCUGCCCUGAGCACAGGACCUUCCUGCAGGAGUUCCCCCUGCUCCCACCUCUGGAGAGCCCAGAGGUGCUGGUGCCUGUGGAGUUUGAUGUGGCUGCUGUGAUCAAGCCCGUCUCUGAGAUCCUCACCAGCAUCUCCAGGCUCCUGCUGGAGGACCUGCCUGGCUGUGUGGCCCCCAAAGCCCCCAGCCCUGCUGGCCAAGACCCAGUGCGUCCCCAGGAGCUGGCAGUGAAGGCUGUGGCCCCUCUCCCCAAGUGCCAGCUCCGAGCUGAGCUUUUGAAAGACCACCGCAACCUGACCUUCGACCCUGAGACAGCCAACAAGUACCUGGAGGUGUCCAAAGGUGCCCACAAAGCCAAGCACUGUCCUGGCACCGUGCCUGGGCAGGGGCAGGGCCCCCGCUUCGAGCCCUGGCAGGUGCUGUGCACACAGAGCUACGGCCCCGGCCACCACUACUGGGAGGUGAAGAUCUCCAGCCACUCUGUCAUCCUGGGGGUCACCUACCGAGGGCUGCCCCAGGAGCAGCAGCAGGGCCACAGGUUCAACAUUGGCCUGGAUGGGAGCUCCUGGGGGCUGCAGGUGAGGGAGGAUUGUUAUCUGGCCUGGCACAAGGGCCGCGCCCAGAAAAUCCGGGAGCAGCUCUAUAAGAACCUGGGGGUCAGCCUGGAUUAUGGCAAGGGGCUCCUCUCCUUCUAUGGCCUCGGGGAGAGGACAAAACUCAUCCACUCUUUCCACAGUGUGUUCACUGAGCCCCUGUACCCUGUGUUUUGGCUGUGUGAGGGGCGAGUGGUGACACUGUGCCAGAGGGUCCCAGUUAUCAGGACAGCCCCACUGACCAAGCGCAGCGAGAAGGGCGCGGGGAAAGGCCGGUACCUCUCCGGGGAAACAGAGGGGUCCGAACGCGGACCCAAGGACCCUGCCCUGAGUUCACCGCAGCCGCCCCAGGCACGACGGGGAGCGGUGCCCCAGCUGCGGUUGCGGGGAGGCGGAGCGGGCGGGCGGGGCGGGGCUGCCGCCCGCCCCCGCCGGGGCUGGGACCGGGGCCGGGGCCGGUCGGGGCGUUCAGGGAUGGAUGCUGCGCCCGGGAGCGCCCCGUCGUCCUCCGCCGCGGCGUUGCGGCUGGCGCUGGCGGCUCCGGGGCUGCCCGAGGGUCCACUCUGCUGCCCCAUCUGCCUGGACGUGCUGCGGGACCCGGUGACGGUGCCGUGCGGACACAACUUCUGCCAGGGCUGCUUGCAGGCGCUCCGCCAGCGGCCAGGCCCCCCCGACGGCGGCGGGGCGGGCGGGGCCGCCCGCUGCCCGCUGUGCCAGGAGCCCGUCCCCGCGGCCCUGCGCCUCUGCAAGAACCGCGCCCUGUGCGAGCUCCUGCCGCUGCUGGCGGCCGCCACCGGCGGCUCGUCCCCGUCGUCCUCGGCCGCCGCGACCCCGACGUCCCCGGCCGCCGCGUCCCCGAUGGCGCCGGGAGCCGAGGAGGAGGAUGCUGCGGGGGAGGAAGGAGCGGUGGUGCUGUGCGAUGUGUGCCCGCCCGGGUCCCGCGUGGCGGCCGAGCGGUCGUGCCUGGUGUGCCUGGCGUCCUUCUGCGGGGCGCACCUGGAGCCGCACCGGCGCGCCCCGGCUUUCCGCGCACACCGGCUGGUGGCCCCGCUGCGCCGGCUGGAGGAGGGGCUGUGCCCCCGCCACCUGCAGCCCCUGGACGGCUUCUGCCGCACCGAGCAAAGCUGUGUCUGCUCCCGCUGCCGCGCCCACGAGCAUCGCGCCCACGACGUGGUGCCCCUCGAGCAGGAGCGAGAGCACAAGCAGGCCCAACAAGCCAAAUUCCUCAGCGAUGUGGAGAAUGAGCUGGAGGAGCUGGCAGUCACCAUCACCCAGGCCAAGAAGAUGGUGGAGCUCAUUAAGGGUGCUGCCACAAAGGAGAGGGAGAGGGUCGAGAAGCUCUUUGCAGAGGCCUCUGAGGUGCUGGCAGCCUUCCAGAAGGAGGUGACAGGAUUCAUCGAGGACGGGGAGCGUUCUAUGCUGGGGGAGGCUGAGGCCGAUCUCCGCUGGAAGGAGCAGAGACAAGCCAAGCUGGCACAGUGCAAGCAAAGCCUGGAGAAUGUCCCCAGCACUGACACCAUCUACUUCCUCCAGGAAUUUCAGGCCUUGAAAGCAGCCAUGGAAGAAAACCUCUCUCCACCUUUGAGCUUCCAGAGAGAGCUGAACUUCACCAAGUGCACCCAAGCCGUGGGUGCCAUGAAGGAUGUGCUGUCCACUGCCUGCAAAAACCAGUGGAACCACUUGCAGGGGAAAGGAGUUGAUGGAUUGAAUUGUCAGGAGAUGGAGGAAGCAUUGGCUGAAUCCCGAUUUCCAGACAAGUCAAACAAUCCUGCCUGCCUGGAGAGCCGUGAUUAUUUCCUGAAAUUUGCCUUCAUCAUCGACCUGGACAGUGACACAGCCGACAAGUUCAUCCAGCUGUUCGGCACCAAGGGCGCCAAGCGGGUGCUGUGCCCCAUCCCCUACCCGGAGAGCCCCACUCGCUUCGUCAACUGCGAGCAGGUGCUGGGCUUGAACCUCAUGAACAGGGGCAACUACUACUGGGAGGUGGAGCUGAUUGAUGGCUGGGUCAGCAUAGGGGUCAUCGCCGAAGACUUCGACCCGCGGGAGGCCUACAGCCACGGCCGCCUGGGCAGGAACGACAGCUCCUGCUGCCUGCAGUGGAACGGCCAGAACUACGUGGCCUGGUUUGGUGGCUUCGAGUGCCCCAUCCAGCAGCCGUUCUUCCACACCAUCGGCGUCUUCCUGGAGUAUUCCGAGAAGGCUUUAACCUUCUACGGAGUCAAGGACUCCAAAAUGACCUGCCUGCAGCAGCUCAAGGUCUCCCCUUCUGCCAAGGGGAAGCUUGACCCGUUCCAGAAUAAGAUCAACCGGCAGUUUGCCUCUCUUUUCUCGUGCAAGCUGAAGCCAGCCUUCUUCCUGGAGAGCGUGGAUGCCCACCUGCAGAUCGGGCCACUGAAGAAGGACUGUGUGUCGGUGCUGAAGCGCCGGUGACUGCCCGGGGACAGGGGCACAGACAGACCCACAGAAGUCUCUCCUGCAGGUUAUUGCCAGCUCUCCUUGGUAGCCCUGUCUGUCUCUGUGGCAGCCCCUCAGCCUCCUCUCUGCACUGCUGGGGACACAGCAGUGGAGGAGGCUCCUGAUGGGCAGGGCUGGGGACCAGGACGGGGCUGGAUCCGAGUGCCAGCUCUGCCCCUGAGUGAGCUUGGGCCAGUCCCUGUGCUGCUCCCUGCCCCUCAGCUUCCCUUUCUGGACAUCAGGGACUGCCACAGCCUUUCUUGGUAAAGUGUGCUGCUCAGAAGUGCCACACGGAUUUGGAGCUGUGCCUUGGCCACCUGCCCAGUCCCUCUGCUUCACCUCUGCUCGCUCUGCCCCAUCUUGUGCAGAUGCUUUGUGCCUUAUCUCAGUCUCUGUUCCUGAUGCUUUUUUAAGUGCUGCCUCAUUGUCACCUUCUGCAUGCUCCUCACAAAGUGCCUUUGAUGCAGCAAGCCCUGUGUGGACCAGGUGAACCCCCAAGGCAGACGUGGUCACUUCCCAUCACCUCUGUGCCCUGGCACGGGUGAGAUGGUGCUUCAGGGAGAGGGAGGUGGAGGAGUCUGGUGCUGGGGGUGUGCUGGGGUGAUGCUGGGGCAAUGCAGCACCUCUCCUUGCAGGGCUGCCCACCCAUUAGUGCUGCAAAUGUGAAACAAGGAUCUCUGCCCGGCUGGGAAAGGGAGAAACCUCCUGGCAAGAAGCAGCACCACUGUUCCCACCUGGAGGUGAGGAAGGGAAGAGCACAAACAAAGUUUUGAGGAUGUGCUCUAAGUAAACACAUUCUUUGGAAUUCUUAGCAAUUCUUAGCAAAGCUUUACAGCCAAAUUUUCCCCCAUGUUUUUGAUAGCACUGCUGUUCUGGGGGAUUUUAGUACUGUUAAACACCAACUCUUCAAGAACCCUGGGCACACUUGAGCUGAAAAUCUGCCCCUUAGCGUAGAGAUUUUUAAGUGACAGAGGUGCUGUGAAUAUGUCCCAGAGAUAAAUGGUCUGGUUUAGUGUUGUAGGUCAGCUGUGAGUGCCUCCAUAAAGGUCAGCUACUACAUGACCCUUUGGACUCUGGGAAUAAGUAACAAUUAACAAAAACUACUCUCAAGCGAGAGGGAACACUGUUCCCUUCAGGAAAGGUGGAAACUCGAGUCUGAGAGACAAAACUGCCAGUUCACAUGUCCUAAGGGAGCUUUUUCAGUAGGAAAACACAGAAAUACUGCCUGUGAGGGCAGCACAGAGCAGCCCCUGUCUCAGCACAGCAUGCCUUUCCACAAGUUUGUUUUUUCUGGGGUUAUUUUGCUACCUACCUCCCAAAGCUUGCUUUACAGAGCCAUGGUGCUGUGUAAUGUACACCUGGAGAGAAAAUACAGAGGGUCAGGUUCUUCACUGGCAUGAGUGAGUCAGGGAUGAUGCAACAACCAGCAGGAAUAAUAAACAGCCCAUUCAGCUAAAUAUAUGAUAUAUAUAUAUAGAUAUAUAUAUAUAUUUUCCCCAAAGGGUAAGCUGGAAAUCAUAGUGCUAUAUUCAAGUGGAGCCAAGGGAAAAAUAUGAAUGUGAAUGAAAGGCAGGCACAAAGCUGGGAGGUUUGAAGUUAAAGCCACAUUUACAUGCUGAGGCUCAAAGAGCUCCUUUACUGUGACUCCUUUGCCAGCACUGCCAGUUUCUGCUGGUGCAGAAAGAGAUUCCAGUGCCCUGAAAAUUGGAAUAUUUUAGUGGAUGAAAGGUCUGAAUGCAGCCACCCCUCCCCUGGGGCAAGGCUGGUGAGUCAGUUUGGGAAGGGUCUUGCUGGGAUCUGUCUGCAAAUUCCUCCUCCUCCUCCUCCUCCUCCCCUGCAUGAGGUGACUGCUAAACUCAGCAAGCAGUGGGAAAAGGAACAGUAGGGCUUCCAGGCUGAAAUUUUCAGCUGAAAUCUUGGCCUUUCCUGGCUGGUGGGAAUGCUGCCCAGACUUCUGUCCGGAUGGGAAUUCAUUCCCUGCGUCCUGAGCUCCAAGCCGUCUUUGUUUGGCUGGCGCCAGCGGCCCCUGCAGAGCUCAGCCCUUGCACGAGAUGUCAGCGGUGACACAGAGCAGGCUGCUCUGCUCAGGGGCAGAACACGGUGUCAGGAGCUUCUGGUGGAAGGAGAAAGGCAGAGCUGUGCCACAGCCCCUGCACGGUCACAUCCUGGCAGGACAAGGAAGGGAAGGAACCUUCAUCUCUGCAGGAAGAGAUCUCCCACGUCUGCGCCCUAAAUCUCAUUUAUUCAGGCUAAACUCCCACAGUUUGCAGCGAGGAGUUUUGCCAGAGUAAACACAGCAGAUCUGGGUCUUUGCCCUGUUUGGUUUCACUGUAGGUGGAUGGAUUGCUCCAAGGGGAAACCCACGCUGGAGCCACUCAUCCCACCCUUCUCCACUUUCCCAACGCACAGACACAAACCUCUGACCUCCUUCAGGGCUCGGGAGGCUCAGAGGGAUCCUCUCUCUCCACCCUGCCACCAUCUGGGAGCAGCUCAAGAGGCCCCUGGGGUGUCUGGGCAUUGUGUGGGGUUGUGCUGCUGCUUUGGGGGAUUCAUGGAUCAGCUCCACGGAGCAUCCAGGGGGUUCCUGUGGAUGUGCCACAGUUGGGAGGUGCUGUCCAAACCUCUCUUUCCUGCUGCUUGCUUUUAUCUUGGUUGGGAAUGCUAAAAAUCCCUCCUGCUUCAGGGAUGGUUUAAAAGAGGAGCAAUCCCCUCAGGAGCUGGGUCAGAGUUUGCUCUGUGCUGCCAGGGAUUUGUAAACUGGAACGAUCAGGGAGUGUGCACUGUGCCAGCUCUGGAUCCCUGAUUUUGCUGUAAACAAAGGGUUAAAAGCAGGGUGAGAUGAGUUGAGAUGGAUCAAUAGCACCUGGCAAUUUAAACAGCCUUUCCUUGUUCCCUUGGGUUAUUUCUGCUGUCACAGAGUGUUUCUCUUUUUAAUUAGGAUUUUUUAAAUACAGUAACUGUAGGAUCUUUUACAGUGUGUGAAAAAACUGUAACAGAAUCAUGUAAUGGUGUUAGAGACUAUGAUUUGAACAUUAAAUAUGAUACAGUCAUUGCCCUAGGUUGUCUUUCCUUUACAUACCAAACCAUUUGACUUGUCCCAUUAUCUCAUGUUUACUUUUCUGUGUCCUGUACAUCUCGAAUAAAAUAACACAGAUUUUAUUUUCCAA